AUGUUCAAAGCGAAGAGUGGUGGCAGCGCAACGGAAGCAAGUCCGGACAUUCUGGACGAGCUCCUUCAACUCACUCAACCUCAAAAUAAGCACCACAUGACGUCUGCAACACGCGUCUUCAUGGCCCCAAAGUUUAAGAAGCCACGCGCUGCAAGAGGCCUCACUGGUGUCGGCCAAGCCACGCUUCCUUCGCUCGGCCAUGCCAAUCUGGUUGAAAAGGGCCACAAGGUGAAUUGCCCGCUUCACAAGACCAUGAGCAACCCAACCAAGAAACCCUCAUCACAGCAGCGCCACCUGCAGCCGUCCCUGUUAGUGCGAAGAAGUCGAGACUUGGGCCCUCCCCUUCAUUCAGAGCCUCAGCUGCACCCACAAGUGCGGACAGGUUUAAGAGCAUCUGAAACGCUGGUUGAGGGAGGAGAGAACUCUGGUGGUCGUAAUAUGGGUGUGAUAGCAACCCGAGGAAUGAAGCGCAAGGCUGGAGCUGAUGGCCCUGGUGGUAUACCACCGCUGCAUGCCAUGGCUCCUGGAUCAAAGCGCAAGCCACUUGCUGCGAUCGACAAUUUACAGUCUGCUGCACAAGGUGAUGGAACGCCAGGGGGUUUUCUCCUCCAGAGUGCGUCCGGCAGGAAGGUAGACGUGUCAGCUGCUGCGGUUGCGGGCGUGAUGAAGCUGUUUGGGGAGGAUGGAGGAGAAUGGCAGCAGGGAGAGCAGGGGAUGAAAGGACCGCAAGGGCAGCAGGGAAUGGAAGGGCAGCAGGGGGUUCAAGGGCAACAGGAAAUGCAAGGAGCAGAGGGAAAGCAGGGGAGUCAAGGAUGCAUGGCUUUAGGGCCAGUGACAAAUGAGUCAACAGCUGUAGCUCUCACCACCGCAUUGAACCCAUCCCCCUUGUCACUGCCACCAGAACCACCACCACAACCACCACAUACCGCUGCAGCUCUCAUACCCACUGCACUGAACCCAUCUCGCUUAUCAAUGCUACCACUACAACCACCACCACGACCUCCUGCUGGUUCAGCAAGCUUGUUCCAAACAGCCCGGGGAAAGCCGGUCCCUCUGUCUUCAGCUGCUGUGGACAAGGCGUGUGCUCUACUGGGUGUGCAGCAGAGGCCACGCUUUGAUGAUAGUGCUCAUUUGGGGGGAGGUAGUACAGACGGGUCGACUGUUGGGGCGGGCCUGUUUCAAACGGCUUCAAACAAGCCAGUGCGUUUGUCUUCAGCUGCUGUGGACAAGGCGUGUGCUCUGCUGGGCGUGCAGCAGUACAAGGGACCACAGUUUGUCGCACCUCAAAUUACACUGCCUACACACAAGCCUGCAGCACUCCCGGAAGCUCAAGGGCAUGAGAGACAGAGCUCUCAUGCGCCAGCAGGAAUGGAGCUUUCAGUGCGGAACCCAGGGGCAGAACUGGCAGUAGUGGUGCAGCCAGAUGGUGGAGCUGGUUUGAGGGGAGCUAUACAGGGGGGAGCGACUGUAAGGGCAGGUUUGUUCCAAACAGCCCGGGGCAAGCCGGUUUCUGUGUCUUCAGCUGCCGUGGACAAGGCGUGUGCACUACUGGGCGUGCAGCAGUACAAGGCAACACAGUGUGUCGCACCUCAUAUCACACCGCCUACGCACAAGCCUGCAGCACUCCCGGACGCUCAAGGGCAUGAGAGACAGAGCUCUCAUUUGCCUUCACCAAUGGAGCUUGCAGUGCGGAACUCAGAAGCAGAACUGGCAGUAAUGGCGCAGCCAGAUGGCGGAGCUAGAUUGGGAGGGGCUAGACGAGGGAGAGUGACUGUAAGGGCAGGUUUGUUCCAAACAGCCAGGGGCAAGCCGGUUUCUAUGUCUUCAGCUGCAGUAGACAAGGCGUGUGCACUACUGGGCGUGCAGCAGGGGCCACCAGCACUGCCGGACGCUCAAGGGCAUGAGAGGCAGAGCUCUCAUGCGCCAGCAGGAAUGGAGCUUUCAGUGCGGAAUUCAGGAGCAGAGCUGGCAGUAAUGGCGCAGCCAGAUGGCAGAGCUAGAGUGGGAGGGGCUGAUCGAGGGGGAGCAACUGUAAAGGCGGGUUUGUUCCAAACAGGCCGAGGCAAGCCGGUUUCUGUGUCGUCAGCUGCUGUGGACAAGGCGUGCGCACUGCUGGGCGUGCAGCAGGGGCCGCCAGCACUGCUGGACGCUCAAGGGCAUGAGAGGCAGAGCUCUCAUGCGCCAGCAGGAAUGGAGCUUUCAGUGCGGAAUUCAGGAGCAGAGCUGGCAGUAGUGGCGCAGCCAGAUGGUGGAGCUAGAUUGGGAGGGGCUGGUCGACAAGGAGCGACUGUAGCGGCGGGUUUGUUUCAAACUGGCCGAGGCAAGCCAGUUUCUGUGUCUUCAGCUGCUGUGGACAAGGCGCGUGCUCUGCUGGGCGUGCAGCAGGGGCCACCAGCACUGCUGGACGCUCAAGGGCAUGAGAGGCAGAGCUCUCAUGCGCCAGCAACAAAGGAGCUUUCAGUGCGGAACUCAGGAGCAGAGCUGGCGGUAGUGGCGCAGCCAGGUGGCAGAGCUCUAUCGGGAGGGGCUAGUCGAGGGGGAGCGACUGUAAGGGCAGGUUUGUUUCAAACUGGCCGAGGCAAGCCGGUUUCUGUGUCUUCAGCUGCCGUGGACAAGGCGUGCGCACUACUGGGCGUGCAGCAGGAUAAGGGUCCUCCACAAAUAGUAGCACCCAGGAUCAGUGACGAACCAACAGUGCCUCUGCUGCUGGAGAGCUCGGGAGCAGAACGGGCGAAUGCGGUACAGCCAGAUGGUGGCGCUAGUCCAGGUGCAGCGGCGGUAGGGGGAGAUUUGUUCCGAACAGCCCGGGGCAAGCCGGUGCACAUAUCUUCAGCUGCUGUGGACAAUGCAUGUGCUCUGCUGGGCGUACAGCAGUAUAAGGGUCCUCCACAGAUGGAAGCACCUAGGAUGAGUGACGAACCAGCAGUGCUUCUGCUGGAGGGCGCAGGAGCAGAGCAGAUGAGAGCGGUGCAGCCAGAUAGUGGAGCCAGUCGGGGGGGAGCAACUGUACGGACUACUUUGUUUCAAACCGCUUCAGAGAAGCCGGUUUCAUUAUCUUCAGCUGCCGUGGACAAGGCGUGUGCUCUGCUGGGCGUGCAGCAGCAUCAGCGGCCGCGGUUCGAAGGCAGUGCUAGUCCGGGAGGAGCAACUGUCAGAACAGCGGGUCUGUUCCAAACCGCUUCAAAGAAGCCGGUGCACAUAUCUUCAGCUGCUGUGGACAAGGCGUGUGCUCUUUUCGGAGUGCAGCAUCAUGAAAGGCCGCAGGUUGAAGCCGAGGAAUCUGCACUUCGUCCCCCUUCCCCUCCUUCCUGGCCCCUCGCCCUCUCCCAGCCCUCAUCACAAGGUGCGGCCGAGCCUGCGGUGGAGGCUCGGGCAGCUCUUGCCAGGGCAGAGGAAAUGGUUGCGAGCCUGUUUGACCUGGGGACAGGGGGGAGUGGGAGGCAUGGCUGUGGGAGUGGGGAGGGCCAGCAGCACCAGCCUCAUGACCCUCACAAGCAACCGUCACCCGCACCUUCCCCACACACUCCCUCACUCGCCCAGCCUCCUCCCCUCCGUUCCUCCCCUCAUUUCCACCCCACCUCUCCUCUCCGCCCCUGCCCUCCACCCCACCCCUCCUCACCUCUGCACCGCUCCGGUAACCCAUCUCACCCCUCCAACUCUCCUCUCCACCCCUCUCAUACUCCCCUCCACUCCUCCCCCAAUCGGCUCCACAACGCUUCCCUCCACACUUUCCCCACCCCUCUUCACCGCCCUGGCACCACUCUCCGCCGCCCCUUAACUCCUCUAAACCGUUCUCCGUCCACCUCGCCCUCCCCACGGCGGCCGUUCAUCCCGCCCACCUCCACCAUCCCCUCCCUCUUCUCCAAACACCGCCCUCCUCGCUCCCGCUCUGCUGGCCUGCCCCCCAUCCCCAUGCGCUCUCUCACUGAUGCCGCCGAUGCACCAACUCUUGACGUUAACCAGAAAGCAGUAGAGGGACGUAUGACUGCUUACAAUGGUGCAGUGUCAAUGUCAACGAGUGGGUUAAGGACUGACGGUGCAGGUGCAGCAAGUUCCGGAGCGGGCGGGAGAGAGGUGGAGGGAAGGAGAGAGGGCGGGGGGGGUGCAGCAGUGAUGGUUGGACAGCAAGAAGGGGGGCUGAGGCGACUGCAUGAUCUGUACAGGGAUGCAGAGGGGAAGCCAAGGAGGCGACCCUGCAUGGCUGAGUUCUUUGGGUACCCACCUGGGCUCGAACGAGUGGAGGGAAAGGUGUCAGAAGCAGUGCGCAAAAUGACAGCCGAGUCCACCCUCACAUUUGUGGGUGACAAACCACUACCGCUGGGUGGUGUGGAAGCUGGCCUGUCAGGAGCGCAGCUUCCCUCGUCGCCUGGCAGGCAGGAUGCUCACGGUGGAGAGGGUGCUGGAGCAGCUCAAGUACCGGCUGCCAGCUUCCCCCGUCGCCUGGCAGGCAGGAUGCUCACGGUGGAGAGGGUGCUGGAGCAGCUCAAGUACAGAUACGAGAGGGAGGUGAACGAGGCGAAACGGUCCGCACUGAAGAAGGUGUGCGAGCGGGACGCUGCUGCUGGCAGCCCCAUGGUGCUCUGCAUCUCUGCUGUGCGGUCGCAGCAAGGGGCAAGUGGAAGAGGGGUUGGAGGGGAGGAGGGAGCAAUGGAAGAGGACAAGAGUGGUGGGGAGGAGGAGGAGGAUGGGGAAGGGAGGGAGAAGAGGCAGGAGGCAGGGGGGCGGAGAGGGGUGGUGGCUGAGGGAGCGCAGACGGCAGUGAUUGAAGUGACUGAUGGAUGGUACUGGCUGCCUGCUCGCCUCGACGGCCCCCUCACGGACCUUUUGAAUCGUGGUCGGCUCUUCAUUGGUCAGAAGAUACGGGUGUGUGGAGCUGUGCUGAAUGGCUGCAUGGAAGGCCUCCCUCCCCUCGAGGCAUGCACGGCAGCAACGCUCGCCCUUCACUUCAACGGCACCUUCCCAGCUCACUGGUCCUCCAAGCUAGGCUUCUGCCGACAGAAGCCGCCCGUCCCAAUGGCACUGCGCAGGGUGAGGGACGAUGGGGGCCCGAUCCCUCUCACGUGUGUGGCCAUUGCACGGGACAAUCCUGCAGUGUUCUGGGAGAAUAACACCCCAAGGGUAGCUGCUGCUGCUGCGCCUGGUGAUACAAUGCGCUCUGCCAGGGCUGAAGCAGUAGAAGAGCUCGCGAGUUCGAGAAGAGAGCAACGUGCUGCCAUGGAAAAGGCGCAGCUGCAGAGAGUGGAGAAGCGGAGGGCAGCAGUGCAGGAGGCGGUAGAUGACGCACUGGCAGAUGAAGGGCUGAAGGAACGGGACGUGUGCCCAGUGGUGAAAGUGCGGGUGGUGGGACUCACUGGGAAGCGAUCCAGGGAGGAGAUGGAGGAGGAUGAGGAGGGAUGGGAGGGGAAGGGGGGGGUGGGAGAUGGGGAGGGGGAGUGGAGCAAGAGGAUGCGGCAAGGGGAAGGGAUGAUCAGCAUCUGGCGGCCCAGUGAGGAGCAGCUGCAGGAGCUGGUGGAGGGAGCCGUGUAUCUGGUGGCAGGCCUUCAACCGUCCGCCACCCGGCGCGACGCGAUUGGUCCACUGCUCUCCCUCAAUGCCAACCGAUCCACCAAGUGGCGCCGACUUGGAACAUCCGCCGUUCAAAGGAGCCUCAGCUUCUCCUUCCCCCCUCGUCAGUGGACCCCCCUGGCUCUGCUGCCUACCACGCCCCCGGGCAGGGAGGUGGACGUGGUGGCACUGGUGCUGGCCGUGGGGCAGCCGCGUGCCGUGGGGGCGUGGCAGACAGGGCAGUGGCUGCUGCUCCUGGAUGGCUCAGGGGAGAGAGAGCGCUGUGAGAAUGAUGGGGAUGUUGGGAGUGGUUUGUCAGGGAGAGGUAUGGGGGUAAGAAGCGGUGGAAUGGCAACAGCAGGAGGUGGUGUUGCAGGAUCGGGAGGGGGAGAGCAGGGAGCAGCCAUGUCGAAUGGGGGAGGAGAAGGAUGGGGGGGCUCCAACAGGAGGCCGGCGGAUGGAUGGCGGCCAGGAGGAGGGGGUGAAACUUCGCUGAUAGUUCCGACUGCAGUGAGAGCGUCAGCAGCAGUGGCAGCAGGAGUGCAGGCACGAGCAGGAGGGGGAGCAGAUGUACCACUGAGUGGGGUGCCGGGGGGGAUGGGCGGACAGAAUGGUGGUGCAGCAGUGGCAGGCAGGGGGGUUGGCGGGGCGGUAGUGGCAAGCAGGGAGGAUGGCAGGGCCACAGUGGUGGCUGUGCAGGUGUUGGCUGGGGAGAGGGCGUUUGUGCCACUCGAUCCGUCUCUCACGGGUUCCAUAGUGAGUGUGAUUGCAGUUGGAACGCUGUGA